CAGCAUCACCACCAGCAUCACCACCAGCAUCACCACCACAACCACCACCACAACCAUCAACCCUCCCCUCUCCAAAAUGACAGACAAACCCUCCGGCGCACCACCCCCUUACGGCGGCUCGCCCUAUCCUCCCCAACCCGCCCACCUCAACCCCGGCCCCGACGGCGGCGGCGGCUACUACGGCUCUCCCUCACCACAACCCCAAUACGCCUCCCCCCAACCCCAAUACGGCGCCCCGGCCCAGGGCUACUACCAGAGCGGCCCGCCCCCGCAGAUGGGAUACCAGCACCAGGGUCCACCAAUGGGCUACCAACAGGGGCCGCCGAUGGGAUACCAGCAGAAUCCGCAGCAAGAUGAUCGCGGAAACUCGAGUGGUGCGGCUGGUGGCUGCUUAGGUGCUCUGUGCGCUGCGAUGGCUUGCUGUUGCUGCUUGGAUAUUCUGUUCUAAGACGAUGUUUGAUGGGGUGGGGUUUACCUGAUAAAGACGGCGUUUACGGAUAUUGCGGAAUUUCGAUGGAUUAGAAGCCGGGCUCAAGACGGGGGGAUGGACGAUGGACGAUGGACGAUGGACGAUGGACGAUGGACGAUGGACGAUGGA